AUGCGCACCGCUCUUCGCGCAACCCGCGUCGUCAGGGAGAAGCUCUCCGCCGACCCCUGGAAGUACCACGCCGUGGACGAGUCGCCGUUCUGGAAGAAGGUCAGGGAGGCGCUCGUGGUCAACCCCGAGUCGACGACUGGCAACAUCCUCGCAAGCCAGUACCGCACGCCCGAGCCUGGCUCGCGACCUGAGAAGUUCACGGUCCCCUCGUCCAAGGCGUCCGAUGUCGCCGAGAACCCCUACUUCAAGCGCGACUUCCGACGCAACUACCCCAAGACCGAGGUCGUGACCCAGCCCGAACUCGCCAAGCUCCUCAUCGCCCAGGGCGGUUUCGAGGCCCUUCCUCCCGUCUCAGCGCCCGAGGGAACCCAGACGACCGCCAUCACCGCCGACUCUCCCGCUCCUUCGCUCGCCUCGCUCUACUCCUCCUCUUCUGCCGUCACCGCGACUGGCUUCCGCCCUCCCAAGCCUCCCGGCCGCAAGUACAAAUGGGCCGCCGCCAAGGAGCAGGCGCCGUCAGACCCGGAUGCUUACUUUCCCUUGAUCCUCUUCAACGGCGAGAAGGCGGCACAGACGGCGUGA